CGGCAGGUCUCUGCGCUCGAGUCCGCCGCUCCGUGCCGCGCACAGCGUAAGGCCCGCGCCUCCACCCGCUCCGCAGCCGGCACCAUGCGCGAGAUCGUGCACAUCCAGGCGGGCCAGUGCGGCAACCAGAUCGGCGCCAAGUUUUGGGAGGUCAUCAGCGAUGAGCAUGGGAUCGACCCCACGGGCAGUUACCAUGGAGACAGUGACCUGCAGCUGGAGAGAAUCAACGUGUACUACAAUGAAGCUGCCGGUAACAAAUAUGUGCCUCGGGCCAUCCUGGUGGAUCUGGAGCCGGGCACCAUGGACUCGGUCAGGUCUGGACCCUUCGGCCAGAUCUUCAGGCCCGACAACUUCGUGUUCGGCCAGAGCGGUGCCGGCAACAACUGGGCCAAGGGCCACUACACGGAGGGCGCGGAGCUGGUGGACUCGGUCCUGGACGUGGUCCGGAAGGAGUCGGAGAGCUGUGACUGUCUGCAGGGCUUCCAGCUGACCCACUCGCUGGGGGGCGGCACCGGCUCCGGGAUGGGUACCCUCCUCAUCAGCAAGAUCCGCGAGGAGUACCCCGACCGCAUCAUGAACACCUUCAGCGUGAUGCCCUCGCCCAAGGUGUCGGACACGGUGGUGGAGCCCUACAACGCCACGCUGUCCGUGCACCAGCUCGUGGAGAACACGGACGAGACCUACUCCAUUGACAACGAGGCGCUGUACGACAUCUGCUUCCGCACCCUGAAGCUGACCACGCCCACCUACGGGGACCUCAACCACCUGGUGUCGGCCACCAUGAGCGGGGUCACCACGUGCCUGCGCUUCCCGGGCCAGCUCAACGCCGACCUGCGCAAGCUGGCCGUGAACAUGGUGCCCUUCCCGCGCCUGCACUUCUUCAUGCCCGGCUUCGCGCCGCUGACCAGCCGGGGCAGCCAGCAGUACCGCGCGCUGACGGUGCCCGAGCUCACGCAGCAGAUGUUCGACUCCAAGAACAUGAUGGCCGCCUGCGACCCGCGCCACGGCCGCUACCUGACCGUGGCCGCCAUCUUCCGGGGCCGCAUGUCCAUGAAGGAGGUGGACGAGCAGAUGCUCAACGUCCAGAACAAGAACAGCAGCUACUUCGUGGAGUGGAUCCCCAACAACGUGAAGACGGCCGUGUGCGACAUCCCGCCGCGCGGCCUCAAGAUGUCGGCCACCUUCAUCGGCAACAGCACGGCCAUCCAGGAGCUGUUCAAGCGCAUCUCGGAGCAGUUCACGGCCAUGUUCCGCCGCAAGGCCUUCCUGCACUGGUACACGGGCGAGGGCAUGGACGAGAUGGAGUUCACCGAGGCCGAGAGCAACAUGAACGACCUGGUGUCCGAGUACCAGCAGUACCAGGACGCCACGGCCGACGAGCAGGGGGAGUUUGAGGAGGAGGAGGGCGAGGACGAGGCCUGAGCCCCGAGCGCGGCUGGACGUGGCUGGAGGCCGCGUGGCUGGAGGCCGGGAGGAGAGCGAGGGGGAGGCCUGAGAACUUCUGAAAUAAGUCGUGCAUCCUUAGUGAACUUCUGUUGUCCUCAAUCAAGCAUGGUCUAUUUGUAUACUAUGGUGCUCAGUUUUGCCUCUGUCAGAAAUUCACACUGUUGAUGUAGUAACAUGGAACUCCUCUGGAAAUUGCAGUAUUGUCUAAGAUAUCUAUACUAAUAAAAAAGCAUGUGUCCAGA